AUGGCUGAUGUACUGAAAUCACAGGGUAGGGAUGUCAUGGCGUCAUGCCAGUUUAAUAAAGGCUCUGCAUUCAGUGAAGAAGAGCGGAGGGUUUUCAAGCUGCAUGGUCUAUUGCCUCCUAACAUCCAAACUUUGGAAGAGCAAGUCCAGCGGGCAUUUCAACAAUACAAGAGCCGUCCCGAUUCUUUGGCGAAAAAUACUUUCAUGGCAAGCAUGAAGGCACAGAAUGAAGUUCUAUACUAUAAAUUGAUACAAACCCAUCUGAAAGAGAUGUUCAGUGUGAUAUACACACCCACAGAGGGUGAUGCAAUUCAGAAUUACUCGCGUUUAUUUAGAAGGCCAGAGGGCUGCUUCUUGAAUAUAAAAGACCAGGAUAGAAUUGAAGAAUGCCUUUGCAAUUUUGGUCGCGGCAUAGAUGUUGAUUACAUCGUCGUUAGUGAUGGUGAGGAAAUACUGGGCAUCGGAGACCAAGGUGUCGGAUCCAUAUUAAUCUCUGUUGCCAAGCUGGUCCUCGCAACAUUAUGUGCUGGAAUCCACCCUUCUCGACAGCUGCCCGUAGUUCUAGAUUGCGGCACAGAUAACAAAGAUUUACUCGACGAUGAGUUGUACCUGGGCCUUCGACAGCCGCGUGUCAGAGGCGAGGAAUACGAUCGGUUUGUGGCAAAGUUUGUGACAACUUCCAGGAGAUUGUUUCCUAAAGCCUACAUCCAUUUCGAAGAUUUUGGCCUCCAUAAUGCCAGCAGACUUCUAAAUCAGUAUCGAACACAUAUUCCCUGUUUCAAUGAUGAUAUUCAAGGAACAGGAUGCGUGACUCUGGCGGCUUUAAUGGCGGCUUUUCGUGUCGGUAACAUCGAGUUAGCAGAUGUGCGUGUAAUUAUCUUUGGCUCGGGCUCAGCUGGUACUGGAAUUGCGAAGCAAGUCGCCGAUACCAUUGCUACAGACACUGGCAGAACAAAGCAAGAAGCUUCAGCACAGAUAUGGUGUCUAGAUAAGCCAGGUAUUUUGCUCAAGUCUCUUGGUGACCAACUUACCGUAGCCCAAGCACCAUUUGCGCGGGAUGACAACGAGUGGCCCAAGGAGAAGGGCACAGAUUUACUUUCAAUUGUAAAGGAGGUAAAGCCGCAUGUCCUGAUCGGCACGUCAACGAAGCCAAAGGCCUUCACAGAAGACAUUAUUCGGGAGAUGGCAAAGCACGUUGAACAUCCUAUCAUAUUUCCCUUAAGCAACCCUACACGAUUACACGAAGCUUCACCAGGGGACAUCAACUAUUGGACGGAAGGUCGAGCUUUGAUGGCCACUGGGAGUCCAUUCCCUCCUAUUGAGCGUAACGGAGUAGAAUACGAAGUUGCGGAGUGCAACAAUUCAACCUGCUUUCCUGGCAUCGGCCUUGGGGUGGUUCUAUCUCGGACGCGGAUCCUCUCUGACAAAAUGUUGGUGGCAGCCGCCAGAGCGUUAGCUUCUCAGUCUCCGGCUUUACAGGAUCCAAACCGGCCUCUCCUUCCCGAUGUUGAGCAUGUACGCGAGAUUAGCGUGCAUAUUGCUCGGGCAGUCAUCGAGACAGCAAUUGAGGAAGGAUAUGCCCAAGAGAAAGGAAUUCCCAACCAUGAGAAAGAUUUGGAGGAGUGGAUCCGGAUGCAGAUGUGGGAGCCCAUUUAUAGGCCGCUUGUAAAGGCAGGGCAAAAGUAA